CCCAUGUUAUAUCAGGGCCACCAUCCCUCGCUCUUCAUCGACUCUCAUCCCUCUUCUUCUCUUCGUCGCUCUGUCCUCUACCAGUCUUCAGCACAUCGCCACCCCUUCCACCCUCUUGAGCUGAUUCAUUUUGGCUUGGGACUCAAACCACAAACGGGUGUCGUGUCACAUUUGGCCAAUAAGACCCUUUCGUCUCUGCCUCUCUCCUGCAAUAGCAACACCAACCCGCCAACGCCUGGCCUGCUGCAGAGAAGUAACCGCCCAUCAUGUCGGCCAUGCAAAAGAUUCUCAAGAAGAUUGUCCACAAUGAUGCCAUGGAGUCGGAUCCCGCCGAGAUUUACGGCUGGAGAGUCUUCGCCCUCGCCGCCUCGGCCUGUUUCGGUGCCAUGUCCUUUGGCUGGGACAGUUCAGUCAUCGGUGGCGUCGUUGUCAUGAAACCCUUCCAAGAUGACUACGGUCUUUCUGAUAACACCGCCAAUGUCGACUCCGCGAACCUGGUGGGCAACAUCGUGUCCACGCUCCAGGCUGGUUGUUUCGUCGGCGCCCUGGCCGCCUCCCCGUUGACCGAUAGAUACGGCCGCAAGUGGUGCCUCGUUGGUAUCGCUGCCGUUAUCCUUGUCGGUGUCGUCCUCCAGGCCGUCUCUCUCGGAAAGCUCGCCCCCAUUUUCGUCGGUCGCUUCAUCGCCGGUCUCGGUGUCGGUGCCGCCUCCAGUAUCAACCCUCUCUACGUCUCCGAAAACGCGCCCCGUGCCAUCCGUGGUCUCCUGACCGGUCUCUACCAGCUCUUCAUUGUGACGGGUGGUAUGAUUGCCUUCUGGAUCAACUACGCCUCCGACCUCCACUUUAGCGGCAAGCUCAAGUACAUCUUCCCUCUCGCCAUCCAGGGCCUGCCCAGUCUCCUGCUUCUCAUCUGCAUGCUCUUCUGCAACGAGUCUCCUCGAUGGAUGGCCCGUCAAGACAAGUGGGAGGAGGCUAAGAGGAUUCUUUCUGUCCUCCGCAACCUGCCAGAGAACCACCCCUAUCUCGAGGACGAGUUCCAGGAGAUUGUCGACCAGAUUAACAAUGAGAGACAGCUCAUGGGCGACGCCACCUUCCUCAAGAUGCAGAAGGAGAUGUGGACCGUCAAGGGCAACCGCAACCGUGCUCUCAUCUCCAUCUUCCUCAUGAUUUGCCAGCAGAUGACGGGAACCAACGCCAUCAACACGUACGCCCCGACCAUCUUCAAGAACCUUGGUAUCCAGGGCCGCUCCACCGGUCUCUUCAGCACCGGUAUCUACGGCAUUGUCAAGGUGGUUGCUUGCAUCUGCUUCCUGCUCUUCAUGGCCGACUCCCUCGGCCGUCGCCGUUCGCUUCUCUGGACCUCCAUCGCCCAGGGUUGCUGCAUGUUUUACAUUGGACUGUACGUCCGCAUCUCCCCGCCUGUCGCUGGCCAGCCUGUCCCGGGUGCCGGAUACAUGGCACUGGUCUCCAUCUUCCUCUUCGCCGCCUUCUUCCAGUUCGGCUGGGGUCCGGCUUGCUGGAUUUACGCCUCCGAGAUCCCGACCGCCCGUCUCCGUUCGCUCAACGUCAGUCUUGCUGCCGCCACCCAGUGGCUCUUCAACCUCAUCGUCGCCCGUACCGUCCCCAACAUGUUGGCCACCGUCGGUGCUCACGGUUAUGGAACCUACCUCAUCUUCGGAAGCUUCUGCUUCUCCAUGUUUGUUUUCGUCUGGUUCUUCGUCCCCGAGACCAAGGGUGUCUCCCUGGAGCACAUGGACGCACUCUUUGGUGCCACUGAGUACGGCUCGGAGAAGCACCUCGCCGGUGACAACGUCAGCGAGACCAAGACCCCGGCCGAGGUCCAGGUCGAGUCCAUCAACCCCUCCAACGCCUACGUCCGCAAAGAGGGCGCUUAGACGGCACCGUUGCAUGUUUAUAAGACUAUACAUAAUGUCAAUGACUGAUGGUCGGAAGCGGUUCUGCAUUUAGAUGAAAUUUAGAACGGGGACGAGCUGAGCGGUGGGAAGAAGUGGCCUGAGUCUAGUUUUUGGCUUUUGAUACCUAUCCUUUAGGCCUUGCGCUACGGCACAGGUCACGAUUACAAUUCACUCCGAUUGAAC